AUGCUAAAGAAAAAAUUACAAUAUAAAAUCACGACAAAUCCCACACCCAAUACCAGUCACAAUGUGGUCGAUGUCAAUAGUAAUCAACGUAAUUUGCCGCUAAAGGUCUCCCCUUUCUUUGCCCCAACCUAUUGGGAACAGUUUUAUGCUCUCGAAUGUGAGUUGAAUGGCUACCUCAGGUUAUUAAAACCCCCACCAGAAAUAACACACAUUUACAAUCCUGUGGAGUAUGCAGCCCAAAUCCAUUGUGAUUAUUUAAAACGUUAUCUAAAGGGUCCCCGAAAGCUGGUCUUUAUUGGCAUGAAUCCUGGUGGUGAUGGAAUGGCCCAGAAUGGUGUACCAUUUGGUAACAUCUCCACAGUACGUGAUGUUAUGAAAUUACAGGGAGUUAUUAUGGAUCCACCACAACAACAUCCCAAACGUCCAAUAAGGGGUUACGAUUGUACUCGAGAAGAGCCAAGCGGCAAACGUUUAUGGUCUUUGUUUGAGAGGCUUGCCAACAAUUCAUUGGAUACAUUUUUCCAACAAUGUUUUGUCCACAAUUUUUGUCCAUUGGCUUUCUUUGAUGGUGCCGGUCGUAAUAUAACACCCAGUGAAAUUAAAGGACCCUAUAAAAAGGAAUUGCAGGAAAUGUGUUUACGUACCAUUGAAAAACAAUUGUAUUUGUUAGAACCCGACUUUAUCAUAGCUGUUGGAGAUUAUGUUUUUAGAGCACUUCGAAAUUCGGAUUAUUGUAAAGGUAAAUGCCUAUUGCGUCUAGAUCACCCUAGUCCUCGAUCAUUAAACAACACCAAUUGGCCGGAGAAGGCGGAGCGCUUUCUUCUGGAACAUGAUUUAUUGAAAUACUUGCGCAACGAAGUUUAA